GACCUCCCUUCCCCGCGCGGAGGAUCGGCUGGGGCCGCCCCCAGGCAAGUUCGCCCCGAGAGCGCGCGGGUGCCGCCGGUCGAGAUGCUCCUCCGGGACUUGGUGCUGCGCCGGGGCUGCUGCUGGCCUUCUCUGCUGCUGCACUGCGCGCUCCACCCGCUCUGGGGCUUCGUGCAGGUGACGCACGGUGAGCCGCAGAAGUCCUGCUCGAAGGUGAUUGACAGCUGUCAACACAUCUGCCAGUGCCGGCCCCCUCCCUUGCUGCCUCCCCCGCCCCCGCCCCCACCGCCUCCCAGACUCGUCUCCGUCCCAGCCCCCAACUCUACCUCGUGCCCGGCUGAGGAAAGCUGGUGGUCAGGGCUGGUGAUCGUCAUCGCGGUAUGUUGUGCUUCCCUGGUGUUUCUCACUGUGCUUGUCAUCAUUUGCUACAAAGCCAUCAAAAGGAAACCCCUGAGGAAAGAGGAGAACGGCACCAGCGCUGCUGAGUAUCCCAUGGCCUCCUCGCAGAGCCACAAAGGCGUGGACGUGAACAACGCCGUGGUGUGAGUCUGCAGACCCCGGCCCCGCUGGCCAGAAGGGCACAUUGGUGGCUUUGGCGGACACGGGAAAGCAGGACACCAGCUGACUCUGGGCUUGUCCAGGACUUCCGAAGGAGACACCAUCCCAUUCCCCGCCCGCCCCUGGCCAGCGCGCGGGCAGGGACAGUGUGGACGCCGGGCUCACCUGCACGUGGCACCCGGGGCGGCACCUCCACAAACGCUCUCCGCGUCUCUUCUCCAUCUUGUAUUUGAUUUACUGUCUCCCAACUGUGCUCUGACAAAGGCAGGGAGUCUGUCUGUCUGCAGGGGUGGGGGGGCAUCCUGCUUUAGCCACGAGAAAGGUGGUCCUUUCAAAAAACCCCUCCUCCUCCCCAGGAAGACUGCUUGCUCCCCAGUCACCAUGCGUCCCAACAGAAGCCAUCGGCACAGCCGUGAGAUGUCCCCUUCCAAAGGUGCUUCCCACACAUCUGUCUGUCACCCCAUCGGCGACUGUCUUUAGUCUUCGGGGCCUGCCUCCUUCCUCUCUGUUCCCUCCCACACCCCAGGCCCCUGGCCCUUGACUUCUGACCCCUGCUACAGGGGGCUGUGAGCCCAGCCUGCAAGGUCCCCUCCUGACUGAGCAGACAGAGGGGCUCUUUUUCACCCAGAGCUAGUGUCUGACCUUCCAGAAGCAAAACAACUCACUGAACGCCAGGCCAAGGACCCGGGAGGGAAAGAGGCCCCUCUGCCCAUUCGCAGACCCACACUUGAUCCUCGCGGAAACUGACGCCUCCAUGUGAGCCAGGCCCUGCCUUCACCCAGCAGAGGCCACCACUCGUGCCAAGCCCAGCACUUUGGGUUAGGCUGACCCGGCCUGGCGUUGGGUCUCCCCGAUGACCCCCUAAGGCCCUGACCAGGUACUCAGACCCUCUCCGGGGAGUCCCCAGCCUCCCCUCACCCUGAAGGAGGCGGUGCUCUCCCAGCGGCCACCUUUGCAUGUCUUCUGUUCUAAAAGUGCUGAAAACGCCCCGAGGGGUUGGUUGGUGGAUGAAGGGAAGGAAGGAGAGGGAGAGAGAGGGCCGUCCACACCUGGUAAUCCUGGUCCCCCGGCCUGUUUCCCAGGUGGCCACCUGCCCUGUGGGCACAUCACUAGGCCCGUGGGGACAGCGUGGUCUGGCAUCGCCUGGAUUGGGAGAGCACUCCUGACCCCACGGUGCCGUCCCCUCCCAUGCACUCGCUUGGAAGGAAGGCACAUUUAACGGUUCCGCUCUCUCCAUGAAGGAGGUGAGCUAGGUGGACCCCGCCCACUUUCCAGACCACCGGUGUGGUUCUCUGAAAGGUACUUGGGCCGCGGUGAGACUCUGCCAUCCAGGUAAGCCGGGUAAGACAGUAAACAAGUCCCUGUUUGGGCAGAGCCUUGGAAACCCACCUUGUAAAUCCCUUUGCCCACGGAGCUGUGUUCCAUUGUGUUUCGGAGAGCAGAGGGGAGAAGGUGAGUUUGCUGUGACCCUCACCCGGUCCUUCCCGCAGGUCAGCAGAGCAGGUUGAGGACAGACC